UGUCUAUUUUCAUAUUUUGUGUUUUUCGGGUUUCACGUCAGAAUUUGAUAUAAUUCAUUACAAAAUGAGUCAUUUUUGGGCAAACUGAUCGUCAUACUAAAUUGUCCGAUCAGAAUAGCCCGUGUUAAAAUCAACUUUUAACACGCAGUCGCUUCACACUAUUCCCCUAUCUGAACCGAACAUAAGCAAGACAUAAUAAAUUGAAAUUGACAAGAUGAACAGGGGCAAGAAAAAGACCCAAGGAGGAAAGAUUACAGUGGCGUCUACACUGGCAUCCCUCACAAAGAUGGAGAAACAAGUCAAAGAACAAAAGCUGAAAGAGGCUGAAGAAAAAGCAAAGGAGCCUGUUGAGAAACAGAAACUUGCUGAUUUUACCAAAUUUUAUAAGGAAAUAGAGUUGGUACCAGAAAAUGAGUGGAAUGCAUUCUUCAAGAAGAUUACCAGUCCCCCUCCACUCACAUUUAGACUGGUAGAGAGUUAUAAACUGUGUCCAUCCCAUGUUGAUACAGUACCAGGUGUACCAAGUCAAGCCAGAGUAUUGUCCCGAUACGUUCAGAAGAAAUACGCAGAUACGAUUAACAAGUUAACUCUCGGCAACAAGGUUCCUAUCAAACUUGAAAUACUACCAUGGUAUCCUAAAGAACUUGGUUGGACUUUGAAUGUACCCUAUGGAGAGACAGACAAAUAUCUUGGUCUGAAAGAAUAUGAUGCUUUUAUUCGCAGUGAAAAAAAUCAGAGGACAUUACAAGGGCUAGAGUCAUGGAGUAUGUUCCCGCACAUUUUGCUGGAUGUUAAACCUCAAUUUCGUGUGUUAGACAUGUGCGCUGCACCGGGUUAUAUAGCCAGUCAAGUUGCUGAAGCUAUGAACUCGGAACCACUUCAAAGUCAAAAUGGACUUUUGAUCUUGAAUGACUUGUUUAAAGCCAAGGACAAGAUGCAUUACUCGUGGACACAAGGUGUUAAAGUGGUUUAUUCAUUCUUUGAUGCUAAAACAUAUCCUGAUUUUUUUACUUCUGACAAGCAGGUCAUUCAAAAUCAGCUGAAAUUUGACAGGAUAAUAUGUGAUGUGAAAUGCAGUGUUGAUGGAACAAUGAGGAAGAACGUAAGUGUCCAGGAGACGUGGACACCCAGGGCAGCUUUAACCUUUCAUAAUGAUCAAAAGGCAAUAUUAAGAAGAGCUCUUGAACUGGUCAAGGUUAAAGGUCGUGUACUGUACUCUACAACUUCCUUAAAUCCAAUUGAAAAUGAGGCUGUAGUCAUGGCAAUGAUCAAAGAAGCUCAAGGUACAGUAGAACUGUUUGAUGCAAGGAAAUUAGUGAAAGAUUUCAAAAUUCGACCUGGAAUGACCACAUGGAAGGUGAUGACAGAGGAUGGAAUUUUCCUCGAGAAACUUACUGACGCAAAUGAAGCAUUCACACAAGAAUUUCCAGAAAGUGUUUUCCCACCACCAAUCAAAGAAGUUAUGGCUUACCAUAUGGAGAGAUGUGUGAGAGUUUUACCCCAUGACAAUGACACAGCCGGUUUCUUCUGCGCUGUUCUUGUUAAGUCAUCAGAACUACCUUGGAUUAGAGCUAAGAUCAUAGAAGAGAUGAAAAACCAGAGAUCACAACCAGAGCCGCCCGAGGCACCAAAAGAACGGCAGUACGGUUACAAGAUUAAACUGAAAUGUCAGGUGGCACCUACCGAGAUUGAAUGGACAACCGAAACAACUGAUGCCAGACUUAACACCACCAGUAAAGUUAGAAUUGAAAAGUUUGAUCUGCUACGACAGGAAAUGGAUCCAUCGUGUAAACCUAAACAGUUGAUACCUGAAGUAGAGCAUAACUUCAUGUUCUGUGAGAAAACCACAGAGGAAUGGUUGAAAAUCAAGGAAUUCUUUAAAAUCUCCGAUGAUUUUGAUCCAACAAAUCUGGUGAUGCGACAUAAUAAAACAACAUUCUUUCAGACUUGUCCAAUGGUUAAGACACUUGUUAGAUAUAACAGGGAAAAAGCCGAUAGCAAUUUCAGUGCAGCAGUUGGUAUGUGUAUGUUUUAUCCGAUGCCAGAAUUAUGGAACACAGUGGAUACAUCUUUAUCAGUCAUGAUGAGCCAUGAGGGGUUGGCAUUCCUGUAUCCAUUUAUCUCGAAACAACUGGUGAACAUAGACAGUGAUGAUCUUCUAAAACUGGCAUUCUAUGACAAAGUAAAGUUUACUGAUCUAAGUGCUAAAGCGCAGGCCGACCUACAGGAAGCAGAGCAGGGAUGUGUUUUGUUUGUGUACAGGCCAAAAUACAUGUAAGAUAAAAGUCAAAUAUUCUUUAUAAUAAUAUUACUGAAAGGAGAGCGCUGUUUUUCUUGCAUAUCAGACUGGUGUUUCCU